AUGUGGAUAGGUUGCAGUAAAUAUUUUUCUUUUCUAGGUUCAGCUCAACUCCUGUUAAAUAAGACCAAAUUAGUAGAAUACACCAUUUGUAAUGAAACUGUUGUCAUCCCAUGCUUUGUUAUUAAUGUUGGCGCACAAAGCACAAAGGAAAUGUAUGUAAAGUGGAAAUUUAAUGGAACAUAUAUUUUCAUCUAUGAUGGAAAUAAAAACAUUUCUACUGCAAACCUGAACUUUUCGAGUGCAAAAAUCGCAGUCUCAAAGUUACUAAAAGGGGAUGCCUCUUUGAAGAUGAGUAAGGAUGAUGUGAAAGUAGGAAACUACACAUGUGAAGUAACAGAAUUAAGCAGAGAAGGAGAAACAAUCAUAGAAGUAAAGUAUCGUAUGGUUUCAUGGUUUUCUCCAAAUGAAAAUAUUCUCAUUGUUAUUUUCCCAAUUUUGGCUAUUCUUCUUUUCUGGGGACAAUUUGGUAUUUUAACACUUAAAUAUAAGUCCAAUUGUACAAGUACGAAAAUCAUUCUUUUACUUAUUGCUGGACUGCUGCUCACUAUAAUUGUCAUCGUUGGAGCCAUUCUUUUCAUCCCAGGAGAAUAUUCAAUAAAGAAUUCUUUUGGACUUGGUUUCAUUGUAAUUUCUACAGGGAUAUUAAUAUUACUUCAGUACAAUGUGUUUAUGACAGCUUUUGGGAUGACCUCUUUCACCAUCGCCAUACUGAUCACUCAGGUGCUGGGCUAUGUACUCGCUGUGGUUGGACUUUGUCUCUGUGUCACAGCGUGUGUGCCAGUGCAUGGUCCUCUUCUGAUUUCAGGUUUGGGUAUCAUAGCUCUAGCAGAAUUACUUGGACUAGUUUAUAUGAAAUUUGUGGCUUCCAAUCAGAGGACUAUACAACCUCCUAGGAAAGCUGUAGAGGAACCCCUUAAUGCAUUUAAAGAAUCAAAAGGAAUGAUGAAUGAGGAAUAACUGAAGCAAAACGAUGAACUGUGAUUCGGAGAGUCAAGACGUGAAGGAAUACACUUGUUUUUAAGCACCAUGGCCUUUGAUGAUUAACUGGUGGGAAGAAGAAGAAAAAAGUAACUGGUUUUCAUCUGUGGGAAAAAAGUCACUGACCCAUAAAUGAUUAUUCCAGUUUUUAUUCAAAGCAGCUGUAAUUUAGUUAAUAAAAGAAGUAUGAUCUGUGUCGUGUGCCCUAUUGAGAUCUAGUUUUCUGUUGUUAUUUUUAUUCAAUUAGGGGCAAAAAUGGAGAGGCAAUUUCCAAGAAUGGUACCUUUCAACUCCUAAGGCUCCUUCUAGGUUUAAAUUGGUUCUGGGUGAGAAUUACUGAGCACUAAUCUGGUGUCUACUCAGCGAUAUCUAUGAAAAACUGGCUUCCAUCAAAAACUAGUAAACUCAGGUUCCAGCAGCUUUGGCAGCUAUGCUGCAGCUGAAUAAUGUGUCUGCUCCUUCUGGGUCAGUUGAAUGGUGACGUAAAUAGAGACAAGAAUUUGGUUGUGAACACCUUGUACCUAUGUGUGCUGUAAUAUUGAUGGAGAGAGCGGUCUUCAUUCUUGGGAGUUGCCAUUCACAUAUUCCCCCUUCAACAUAAUGGUGUGAUAGAUCCUCCCAGAUUUAGGGUACUUUUAUGAAUGGAUGUGUUUUUCUUUUGUUGAUACUAUCCUUUGUACCUUGUCUUGUCCCCAUGUUAACUUGCUUCUGCUGUACAAGAUGUAGCACCUUUACUCCUCUUUGUACAUGGUCUAAUAACAUGGUAGAUCUUUGCAGAAGGGAGCCAGACUUAGAACACUGUGUUCACACCUUUCAGCAAAAAAUAGCUAUGGUUGUAACAUAUGUAUUCCCUUCCUCUGAUUUGAAGGCAAAAAUCUACAGUGUUUCUUCACUUCUUUUCUGAUUGGAGGCAUGAAAAUGUAAGAGGGAAAUCUGAACUAUGAGUCUCCUGCAUGGCAACAUAAUGUGUGUCUCCAUCAGGCCCUGAGGCCGGCCCUCCUUCGAGGGGGCAGUUUUACUCCUGUUGUGUCUGUUGCAUGAUGAACACUCAUCACCUUCCUCCUGUACUCCUGCCUCCUGCUCUACUCCCCUAAGGUUGAAAAGUAAAACACACUGCCACAUUUCCUACCCCUCCACCUCUCCUUAGAAGAAAAUUAACGUUCUGACAAUUGUGAUUGCCUGGAGUACUUUUAGAUUAAUAGCACUCGUUUUUUACCUCGUUUGUGGGUGUGUGUUGUAUGUGCACAUGUAUAAGGUAGGCACAUGCCUCUUCUGUAAGGACAAAAGUGCAGUACCUACAGAGGAGCAGAUGCUAACUUCGUACUUCUAGUAAAAACAUUUAAAAAA